AUGGAGAACGAUAAAGGAGAACUCGUCGACCUCUACGUCCCCCGCAAAUGCAGCGCAACCAACAGAAUCAUCAAGGCCAAGGACCACGCUUCCGUUCAGAUCUCAGUCGGCAAGGUUGACGAGAACGGCCGAUUCACCGGAGAGAGCCAAGUCUACGCACUUUGUGGUUUCGUACGAGCAAUGGGCGAGAGCGACGAUUCAUUGAACCGAUUGGCACAACGCGAUGGUCUUCUGAAGAAUGUCUGGAGCGGCAGCAGCCAGCGAUAA